CUAGCCCUCCCACCCCAGUUUGGCCCGAUGCACAAGAUAUGAUGAGGCGCGAUCUGCAGUUACAUUUGCACGACAGAAUCAAUCAUCCGACAAUCGCACCAUGAGCCUUGAUCCGAGCUCGUUUCCGAGGUCGAAUUCCCCCGCAAGCUCCGAAAGCUCUCUCACGCGCUCCCGACUACGGGGGAAAGAAGAGCCGCUGAAGAAGGAUAAGAACUAUCGCCGUUAUGCGUCUACCGUUGAACGAGCACUGUCACUAUUCGAUACUGCUUUGCAGGAAUGGGCGGAUUACAUCUCCUUCCUGAGCCGGUUGCUCAAGGCACUUCAAUCCCAUCCUGCGGACAUGCCCAUUGUGCCUCACAAACUACUGGUUGCGAAACGACUUUCCCAAUGCCUUAACCCUUCCUUGCCGUCCGGUGUCCACCAGAAAGCUCUUGAAGUCUAUACGUACAUUUUCAAUCUGAUCAAGCCGGAAGGAUUGUCGCACGACCUGCCCUUAUACCUCCCUGGUAUCGCGCCCACUUUGACGUUCGCCUCGCUCACUGUCCGCCCACUCUUUCUGUCUCUUGUGGAAACAUACAUUUGCAAUCUCGAACCAUGGGCAAUCAGACCGGCCCUCAAGGCCAUCCUUUUGGCCCUCCUGCCAGGGUUAGAAGAAGAAACAAGCGAUGACUUUGACCCUACCAUGCGACUCGUCAACAAGUUCCGCGACAUCGCGAGUAAGAUGGAUACAUAUAAACAGGAAGCGGAGUCCAGUCCAAGCGGUCACUACUUUUGGCAGUGCCUGUUCCUGGCGUCCAUAACUAGCCCUAGCCGACGUUCGGGUGUACUUGCCUACUUGAACCGUUACCUACCUAAGCUGGGCAUCACAGAUCGCAGGCCGAGCAAAAGUGAUGUGAGCGAAGCUAAGGAUCUACCUCAUGAGAUCUCUGUGGCAGCGGACUCAGUAAUCCUGCCGGAACCCGGUUUGCUGAUACGGUGUUUCGCAACUGGACUAGCAGACGAACAAGUCCUUGUCCAGCGAAAUUUCCUCGAUCUGCUAGUGACACAUAUACCCCUGAGCUCACCUAUUUUGCAAGCUAGAAUUACCAAGGAUGAUCUUCAGAAACUGAUUGUCGCAGCUGUGGGAGUUGUGUCUCGACGAGACAUGAGUCUGAACAGAAGGUUAUGGGCCUGGCUCCUCGGUCCUGAGCCUGCAACCGAUCGGCCCUCCUUCGAGGCACGCAAUUCUAUAUCGGAUAACGUUUCUCAACCGGUCCCUGACGCCGAAGAAAUUUCUCAGUCCGAAUACUUUAGUCGAUUCGGAUUGACUCCGCUGGUGAACGGUCUUCUUGGCAUGAUCGAGAAAGAUACCGAAGUACCCGCAGAGAAAACGAGGCCUUUUCGCAUUUCGCUGUCGCUGAUGGACCGAUGGGAAGUUGGCGGCUAUAUUGUGCCGGAAGUAUUCUUGCCGAUCAUGCGAAGUGUCCAGGCUUUUGAAUCGAAAGCGUCAAAAACUCAGUUCGAGGAAGUUUUUCGCAGUGCCAGUUCUUUCUUUGAUGGCGUGGAAAGCGGCGUAAUUUUCUCCGAACUUUUGUACCUGAUUGACUGGAAGUCCAAGGACUUGACCUCAGGGCACGACAAGGUGCUGAAGAAUCUGGAUCUUGCGCAUUUCAUCCUCGAAAACUUCAAUGUGCGCGAAGAGGACAUGGUACUUGCACAUGUGCCUUUGCUGACUCUCGCCACAAUAAUCAAAUCAAGCGAACUCUCUCCGAAAAAGAGUCCUAACUUGGACCAAGAGCGGCUGCGUGCCGUAGCAACUGGGCUAUCCCGUGUUAUGACUUCUUUAUCGGGUCUACUCACCGAGAGGGCGUUCGCGAAGAAGUCUGAUACCCAUAAGGCGGAUGGCUCCAAGUCCGAUGUACCUGGCUCACAAAUUUUGAGUAGGAUACAUGCCUUUUAUGAGCAGAGCAAACAGAGUCUUGAUCCUCAGCCGCUUCCAUUCGCCCCCAAGCACCUUGGGGAACUCAUCAUCAGGAAUGCCUACGAACAAGCUAUUGAGGCUCUCGAUGGCCGCGGCGAUGCGACACAGAUGCAUGAACGUAUAAGCCUUCUUAUUGUCAUGUUGAAGAAGCUUCCAAAAACAAAGAUUCUGCGCGAUAGACGCCUUUACUUGGCACUAUGUGAUCGUGUUCGCGCUGAUCAAGUGGAGACAUCCACCGCCUCCUUCGCAGCCAUCUCCUCGAUUGCAUCCGCCAUUACGAGCAUGUAUUUUAUCCAUAGCCCCGGGUACUACAUCAGUUACGAGGAUGUAUCUGACUUGAUUCCCACCCUUGUCAACCGGCUAUGGCAAUAUCUUUCGCCGCUGAACCCUAAGUUUCAUGUCGAGGCAGUUCGCUCAUUGUGGCAUUUGCACUCUGUUUCAUGGGCCGAUCAUAUGGUCGAGGCUGCGAUCACUUCUCUGAUGGUGGACAAGUCGAACGGGCAUCGUCAAUCAUCGUCGGCAGAACAAGCAGGGAGGUACUUUGUUCUCUGGUCUCACAGUCAUCACGGUACAUACGAGCUCCCUCCGAAGCAGUUACAUAAUGUGUCACAGCUGGGAAUCUCUUACCAGUCAUCGAUGCUCGAGCGCCCUCUCUUUAUCGUCUUGGAUUUGCUCAACCAAGGCGUAAAUGAAGCCUCUCAGGUCGUACACCGCUGGCUUGAAGACCUGUCUUCCAUACAUAAAGUUUUCCGCAUGGUAGUUUCGAGGCUUGAUCGUCUAUUCCAGCAGUCAGAGAACGCAGAGCCAGACACUGCGAAUCCCACUGUAUCUCCAGACGACUACAGAGAGUGCAGCUAUCUACUACAAACAAUAUCCAAUCUCAUAUCAACGCUUUCACAUAAUGGGUGGAUCAGCUUGCUCACCCAGACGUUGGUACAAACAGAGAAGCACAAGGAUACUCCAACAUCUGAAGAUAACUCUGGAGCCCAGAGCCUACAUGCGGUCAUUUUCCAGGCCUCUCUCAGAGUGGUUAGCGGACAUACGACGGCUGCUCAUCAGGGCGUGGAUGAGAUCAAACUGCAACAAACGGCGCUGCUUGUGAUGCGUCAACUUCUUCUUGGCCCCGGGGCCGAGGAGGUGGCCGAAUCUGGAAUUGACUCCUUCCUUGUCGAUAGGCUGUCCAGCGUGCUCGAUAACGGUGGUAGUGUCGGUAUUCAAGCAGCACUUAUCGACACUCUUCUCGCAGCGCUGAAGGUUCGAUUUGCUCAAGCGUACCUGCCACCACCCCCACCACGCCCAAAGCAUCAAAGGACUGCCUCUCGAGAGCGUCUAACAAGUCCUUCUAUCUUAUCCUUCACAAGCGACAAACCUGAUAAGUCUCUUGCAUUGCCACCUCUACCCCAGCCCCCUCAGCAACUAUUGGAGUGCCUUCUAAAAGGCAUAAGCUCUCCGAACUCCAGGGAGAUAGUGGAGAGGUGGACAAUACUGCUUUGCGAAGUACUUCCGCUUUAUGCAGGAUCCAUCUUCCAGAUAAUCCUGAUGUUAGUGGAAUGCUUUUGUAAGGAAAUCCAAUUGGCAUAUGCAAGUCUUCAGCUAUCUUUCAAGCGCACCGAGGGUUGGCCCGAAGAUCGCUCUGAACACGCUACGAUCGCUCUACUCACCGGUCUCGAGACUUGCAUCGCAACUGCCCACGAGCGUCUGCUGUCGGAAGAAGCAAAUGUACCGGCUGCCAAGAGCCCGGACCAGAAUCAUGGGUUCUUUGGAAACAUGGUCUCAGGAGUCUUCGCGUCUGAACAGAGUCAUGCUCGGUCCAGCGCGGCCAAUAACCGCCUCACCGUUUUGCUUUGCUUCCAGGACGCUGUGCGACUUUGUUUUUCGAUAUGGUCGUGGGGCGCGGUAGAACGAAGCACACUCCCUCAAGACCCGGAGUCGUUGGCAUCUUUCCAAUAUACAUCCUUGCGCAUGAGGAAUAGAUCGCGUCGGAUAUUGGAACACUUGUUCACGGCCGAGGCACUUGAAUGUCUUGAAACUGCGGUAGAGGUAUGGACGAAGUCAGACAGCGACACUUCGUCUUUGAUCAUCAGUUUGCUCCACACGCUGGAUGGAUCUCGUCCAAAGAUCACAAUACCAGCUGUAUUCAACUCUAUCUACACGCGAACUAACCCCGCCGCAUUGGAACCCAACCGCAAGUCCACCUUGACCGCAAGCCUUACGGAGUCUGAGCUAGCAGGUUUCCUAGUGACCUACGCCAGGUCACUUGACGAUGAUGUUUUGGAUGAGAUUUGGGCAGAUUGCACCACCUUCUUACGAGAUGUUUUGAGCAAUCCUUUUCCGCAUAGGCAGAUCCUUCCGCGAUUAGUGGAAUUCGCAGCGAUCCUUGGGGCAAAGUUGGAGAAUACGAGCUUCGGAGAAGAUCGACGGAUGAGGAAGGAGUUAGGAGAUGUACUCCUCCGUCUCCUGACGGCAAUAUUCACCAGCAAGCCCAUGGGUCUCUCCCAAGAGUCAGCACUUCUCGGCCGGGCGUCUAUUGACUAUGACAGUGGAUCGCUGCCACAUGUUGGGCCUGAUGACCUGCUCAGCAUUCUUGCUGCCUCUAUGCCCGCGUUUACAACAACCUUGGGCGAUUCGGAUCGUAUUACUACCGCGGUGUCUGGGAUAUCUACUCAUAUAAUCGGGCCACUCUUUCGCGCACGCCUCUUUCCGAAUAACGUUAGUCGGAAUUUUAUGGCGCUCCUCCAGCACAUAGCAAAAAUCCCCGCUGCUUCCAAGAUUUGGAAGAAGGAUAUCUCUGAUGCCUUCAACGACCCGAAAUUCUUCGGAAUGCAGCUUGAUUUGGUGAAAGACGGCUGGGUAAACCUUUUGCGGCAAUGGGUGCUCGCCGACAAAGAUCGAAUGUCUGAGUUGAUGUCCCGACUCACUCCGCCAAGUACUGCAGGCAUCAUGUUUGGCGUUGGAGCUUCUGCUGCCCGUCUAGAAGCGGAUCGAAAGGCGCAAUUGAAUCUCCGCAGGAUAAGCCUCCUCAUCCUGUCAGCCAACACUGACUACUUUGUUGCAGAGCUACCUGCACUCCUUCAGAAGUUGGAAGAUCUCUUGGGCGCGACUAGUUCCUCGUCCCCAUCUUCUACGACCAGGUCCGAGGUUUUCAUGGUUUUGCGCGCCCUUGCCCUUAAGUGCACAGCCACUACUCUGGCCCCCUUUUGGCCGUUGAUGAAUUCUGAGCUCCAAGAGGCCAUCUCAGCGGUCUCAGUAGGCCAGCAGCAGGAGGUGUACAACCCAUAUGCGCUGCUACAAGCGUGUAAGCUGCUGGAUACUUUGCUCAUCCUCGCGCCUGAUGACUUUCAACUUCUCGAAUGGCUUUACGUGACCGACACCAUAGAUGCGGUCUACCCUCCGGAGCGCUUUGAACCCAUGGCACUCGCGGACGAAAUCUCGCAGAGCUUGGGAGCGCGCGGAUCGGCCUCGUCGGAUGGACUCGGGGAGACGGCCGAUCUCAGCCAGGGGGGGAAACAGCCAAGCCUGACUGCUGACUGGAUUCGCGAAACGGCAAAGGAUGAGAUUGUUGAGCGAGUCCUUCGGCCGUUCUUUGAUCAGCUCAGCAUUCAUGCAUUCGAGAGCACGUAUAGCAUGGGCCAUCCGCGGUUGGACGUCUGCCGAGACGACCUGUUAGCGGAUUUGUUCAACGAAAGUACGAUGGCCAACUAACAGCGUCAUUCAUUUAUUUCCAGUUCCUGUUACCUAGCGAGCCUCUCUUGUAUUAUACCCAAUGCCUGUAUGCCAGACUCCGCGCUGUCCGUAACAACCGAGGUCUACGAUCUCUG